AUGUUUAUUAACCCCGCUACUGCGUUCUCCGUACUUAGUGCCAUUACUGCAUUCGGUGUCGCCGAGGCUACAUACUCCAACUCCCAUUCGGGGUCUUCUGUUUCCAAGUCGUGCGAGAGUGGCUACUUUUGGUAUGACCGACUAAGCUGUUGCGCAAAGAACGGCGGAGAGAGCAACACCCCUCCCUCUGGAAGCAGUUGCCCCGACAACUUUUACUGGCACACCGACGAGAAGUGCUGCGUGCCCAAGUCGAGCGAUACUAGCCAGCAGAUUCCUUCUACGUGCCCAAGUGGUUCUACCUGGAGCUCUGUUUCUUGGUGCUGCAAGUCUAACAACACACCGUCGAGCACUUCUUGUGGUUCCGGUUUCUGGUGGUCGCCCUUGAACAUCUGUCUUUCAAUUGGAGUAGGAACGGAUAGCCCUCCAUCUGGAUACUCUUGCCCCAGCAACUGGAGUUGGCUUUCGAGCAAGUCUUGCUGCAAGCCUAACAAGCCCGAUACCCCUACUACUACUCCUUCGUGCGGCAACAGCUGGAGCUGGCACCCAGGAAAGCAGUGCUGCAUUCCAGGCGAGAACACCCCAACCCCAUCCAAUGCGCCCGGGACCUAUGGAAGGAAACGUCAUACUGCUAUGCACAAGCGUACGAGCUUCUGCCCGACCACUUCGAGUCUUGCCCCAUCCUAG